AUGUUGUUCAAUUACCAAUCUUUGUUGGUAGGAGUCGCCCUGAUUUCUCAGGCCGUUUCAACUCCCAUUUUGGAGUCGAGGGCAACUUCGGCGCCCUCCGCUUUCCCUGAUCUGCGCCGUGCCGCACAACUUUCUUCCGCUGCCUAUAGUGGUUGCAUUGGGAAGGCCUUCGAUGUUACUAUCACCAAGACUAUCUAUGACAUGCUGACCGACACCAAUGGAUACAUCGGAUACUCCAAGGACAAGAAAAAGAUCUCGGUCGUCAUGAGAGGAUCAACUUCCAUGACUGAUAUCUUAAAUGACAUCGACACUGCUCUUGUCACACCCUCACUUUCGGGCGUGACCUUCCCUUCUGGAGUGAAGAUAAUGAGGGGUAUUAACAGGCCUUGGUCUGCCGUUCACAAUGAAGUCAUUGCCGAGGUCAAAUCCCUCAUUGCGAAGUACCCAGACUACACUCUGGAGGCAACCGGCCACUCCCUCGGCGGGUCCUUGACAUACAUUUCUCACGUUGCCCUAGCGCAGAACUUCCCGGACAAGGAACUCACUAGCAAUGCUCUAGCUGCCUUCCCCAUUGGCAAUGCUGCCUGGGCGAGCUUUGCUGGCUCGCAGAGUGGUACUCUAAACCGCGGAAACAACAUCGCUGACGGUGUCCCAAACAUGUAUGUGAGCGCGCUUUACAAUUUUGAGCACUAUGGAACCGAGUACUAUAGCUCUGGUUUGCGAGCCACCUGUGUCAGGUGUGAGGGCCAGCGAGACAGAUCUUGCUCUGCGGGCAAUGGUAUGUACAGUGUUACUGCUGGACACUUCCAAAGCUUUGGAAUUACUAUGGGUGCUGCUGGUUGUAUCUCUCUGCUGUGA